AUGGGAAGAAACUGUCUCGGAGCAUCACAAAUUCGGAUGCGUGGGGAGGGGGGGGAUGGCCCAUGAGGGUGACGAUCCUCCUCGGCGAUGGGCUCGAGUCGAUUCUAGGGUUUUGGAUACAGUUGACAAUUGGUGCUUGAGGAGUGCAGACAUGUGUUGUUAGUCGAUCGUGACUUCACCUUGGAAGCAUUGCGGGACAAUAUGACGUCCUGAGAUACGAGAAGAAACAGUGUUAUACAAUCAAUCAGAGCUCGUAUUUUCUAGUCAAUCGAGGAAAAACGUCAUCGCGCUUUGCCCUUGAAUCGGGUGGAAGGAAAUUGAAUGAGUGAACUCUAAGUCAUAUAACUGCAACCCAAUCUAGUGCCAUGAAAUUUCUCAGUCUCAGUGUGAUAUUACUGGGCAUUUGUGUGCUCUCAGCCACGGCUCUCGAUACCAAUAAUCCGCAAAACCAUGGAGACAGAGACCUUGCUCCCCAUCACCGGUCAAAACGGACAAUCAAUAUUUUCGGCAUGUUCAACAGGAUGAUGAGGGGCAUGUUCGGCGGCGGCGGUAAGAAAGGAGGCAAAGGCGGCAAAGGAAAAGGCAAAGGUCGGGGCCGGGGCAAAGGCAAAGGCAAAGGCAGGCCUUCUGCCGGCUAUGGGGUCCCACAAGGAAGGCCAAUCUCCAGUGGUUAUGGCGCACCGCAAAGACCACAAGGCGGGUAUGGCGUUCCACAAGGUCCAGCUCUGGCCUCUGGUUAUGGUCCAGCAAGCAACAACAACAACAAUAAUCAAGUGGGCUAUAACGCACCUCAGCAGCAACAACAACAACCUCAAACUCAACCACAAGGAGGCCAUGGAGGAGGUAGCAGCUUUGGAGGCGGUGGUAAUAAUAUAAGAGGGAAUCAGGGAUUUUCAGGUGGUCACGGGUCUGGGUCUGGUGGUAUUGGUGGGUCUAUUGACUCUUAUGGCUCUCCUCAGGCUCCUCCGGUGGGAGGAGGAGGAGGAAACACUGGGAAUAUUGACUCCUAUGGCUCACCUCAAGGUGCCGUAGUUGGCAACAUCAGACCCGCUCAAUCGGUCAGUGGAUAUGUUGCCUCUAGCGGAAAUGGGGCGAAAGGUCAAAAUGGUGGGGACAUUGUCUACGGCCAAGCGGGUGUGGCUAUGGCGCCCGCCAGUUUAUCCAACACCGUGAUCAAAAUGCUCCCAGCUCCUAAUCUGGCCACGGCAGCACCUGCCUUUGGCAAUGGAGCUGGUCAAGUGUCACAAACGUCUUAUGGACAGAAUAAUCAAGCUACUAGUUUCAAUAGUGGUGGCAGUUUGGGUGGGUCUAUUUCUCCUUCCAACCUUGGCUCUGCCUCUCCAGCUCAAGAUUCAUACGGCAUUCCUCAAGGCACUGUUCUCGGCUCCAAUGGUGGUUCUUUCUCCUCAAGUGGCACAGCUUCGGGUGGCAAUAACGUAAUUCAAAACAAUGGCGGUUCGGUUACCUUUCCAGCUUCUGAUUCCUAUGGAAUCUCGCAGGGUAAUUCUAUUGGUGGGUCUGCACAAGGUACAAUCAUUGCACAAGGGAACAGUUUCUCAACAGGCAAUGGUGGAGCCUCUUUCACAAACUCUGUGUCUAAUGGGGGUGCAUCUGCACCCGAUUCCUAUGGAAUUCCCCAAGGCAACGUGGUGGGAGGAUCCUCUCUAGGGACAACAAAUACACAAGGAAAUAGCUUAACAUCUGGUACUGGGAACACGUUUUCGUCUUUGGGUUCCACAGGAUCGGUUGGUGGCUCAGGUGAGUCAGCACCCGAUUCAUAUGGUAUCCCUCAAGGAAAUGCCAUUGGAUCGUCCCAAGGCUCAUUCAACGGCCAAGGUACUAGCUUAUCAUCGGGCUUCAGUGGGACGGGGAAUACAUUCACACCCUCAGGUUCCACGAACAAUAAUUUUCAAUCCACACAAGGAAAUUCGGUUACAUCAUCGGGAACUGGAACAGGAAACACGUUUUCGUCAACAGGUUCGGUUUCUGUCUCUUUGAGUGGUAAUACUGGGAAUAGUGCUGUAUCAGCACCAGACUCUUACGGAAUCCCUCAGGGGAACGUGAUCUCUUCUGCGGGUGCUGACUCUACUCUAGUGGGCACAAGUGUCGGUGGUAACGGUGUGAGCAGCACGACGAACUUUGUGAAUAGUAUAAAUGACAAUGAUCUUGAUUCGACCACACCAGACUUCGCUACGACCGUCAACCCCUUCACUGGCUCGACCUCUGGUGUAAAUAGUGCUUCGCAAAGUGGAUCGUUGCCUGCGGUCCAGGCACCAGACUCAUAUGGACUUCCCCAAGGGGAACCAGUUAAUAGUAAUAAUGAAACUCCUGUUACAGACAUCCUCUCCGAUGAUUUGACGUUUGCUGGCUCUCCCUCUAUCAAUCCCCGAACAAACCCUUUGGAUAAUGCCGUGCUCAUCAAUCGGCCCAUUAAUAACCCUGCCUCUAAUUUCAAUACCAACAACAACGUCAAUACCAAUACCUUUAAUAACAACCCGUCUACUUUGUUAUCCGGAACCACUCAAAAUGGAGGAGGAGGAGGAGCCGUGUCCUUUGGCAACGCCCAGACAUCGAAUGCGAACUCAAACACUAAUUCCAAUUUUCAAUCAAUUGUUACGAACUCCAAUGCUGGCUCGGUGACAAACUCCAAUGCUGGCUCGUUGACAAACUCCAAUAGUGGCUCAGUGACAACCUCCAAUAAUGUGAUCAAUCAGCCUGUUGGUCCCUCCAGUGGAUUCAACUUUAACCGCCCUAGCUCGGUCUCUUCAUCCAAUAAUCUUAUUAACAACAACAAUAAUAAAAAUAAUAUCAAUGCCAACACCAACAACCGCAAGAAGAGUAACAAUAACAACAACAGACAAGUCACUACCAAUCGACAAAGCCAAAGCCAAUCAAGCUCAAGGGACGAGGCUCCAAUCGGCGAACUAGUCAGCACCGAGAUUGAAGAUUCCACGACAGACAUAUCAGAGAGACCACCCAUUGUCAUUGAUCUGAGUAACGGCAACAACGAAGUCGAUCUCACCAAUGGUGUCAAAGACACAGGAUCCACCAUCGGCGAUGUUGAUUUAACGGGCAAGACCACGACCUCUGUGCCUACCUUAAGUGCGACCGAUGAUGCAGAGGAGGUAGACAACCCAUUUGCUGGCUAUGACGAUAUUGAUGAGAACUACGAUGAGUACGAUUACAUCACGGAUGAAGAAGACAUCCUUGAUCCAUUCGCAGGGAUCCCAGGGUUGGAUCCCGAUGCCCCUGGCACUGUUGUCACACAAUCCGGCCAGACCACUGAGCCUACCAAUUUCGACGAAUUACCCAGUUACACGGGCAACCGGAACAACAACAACAACAACAACAACGCCAACGCGAACUCGAACAAUCAGCAGACCUCAAAUCUGGUGCAGAACCAAAACCAGUCGCCCGGUCUAGCCAUUGGGAUUCGAACCCAAAACAAUGCCUUGUUUGAUGCUACCUUGUACGAUGAUGAAAUUGCCUUCUUAGAGGAGUACGAGUCGGGUGAUGAGUUGAGUGAUCAAGCAGAACCGCCCACAGCCAACAGUGCGGACAAGGUUGGAUUAAGGACAGGCAAGAAGACUUCGGUCAAAGCCACCACCAAAUUCGAGCCUGCCGAGUACUUGGAGGAAUAUGAUGAUGACCUGUACGAGUAUGACGACCAAAUCUUGGGUGGCGGUGGACUCGACGACGAUCGGGACACUGAGUUCAUCUCUGUCCCGUUAAAGAUCGAGGAAAUUGGAAAUUUGAGUAACCGACCCGGUGACCCUACCGUGAUUCUUGCGGGCUCGCCCCCUGAAGAUGAAGAAGACGACCUUCGCAUUACCACGUUCAAGCCUCAAUUACUCUCCAUCCGAGGGCGGGGCAAUAAUCGGAAGCCCUUGGUGGUGAGGCGAACCAAGAAACGAGUUGAAGACAUUCCCCAUGCUGCUUUCCACGCUUUCCUUGUCGAGCCUCCCAAUGGAGCGCCCAAGACCAAUAAUCAAAAGAAACGAGGCGUUGACUGGUCGGAAAAGCUACGGGAAAGGAAGCGCCAGAAGAUCUGGCGCCAAUUCAGGCUCAACUAAGUCAUGACCAUUCUUAGGAACGAAAUAAAUUGAAUUCUCUUCAACUUCACUCAUCCCCAACCUCGAGCAUGUCGUCGAGAACGCAGAUUCACGAUUAAGGACGUAUCGAGAUAACAGUGGCAUGGAUGGUGAUGCGCAAGGCACGCUCUCUCUCUCCCUCUCUUCCCCAAGGACAAUGCAAAGCGGAGAAGCUUCACGACUUCAUUCAUCUCCUCUUCCCCUUCCCCACAGCCCAUCAUUACAUCACAAUCAGUGAAACGGUUUUCCCCGUUACAACGAGUUCUUUCGAUCGAUUGUCCACUUAAGAUGUUGUUACUUCGAGCCUGAAACGUCCAAUAUUGUCAUGCGUCAAAGAGGUUCGGCGACCCAUCCCUCUCCUUCUACGUAUAUUGAUUGCUCAUUGUUUCAUUUCAUUCACAUUCAUCACAUCUUGAUCCCCUUUUCGUCGGACCUCAUGCUCAAUAGAAAUCCAUAUUGGUGUGGUUUCAAUUUGCUUCCUCGUGUCCAAUUUGAAUAACCCGCCUUGACCCUACACAUUGAACUAAUCUGUUAUUAUUAUCAUCUUCAUCAUCAUCAACAACGACAACGACAACAACAAGCCAACCAAGAACAAUAAAUUAAGUUAUUAUUACUAUUAUUAUUAUCACCAUUAUUCUAUUUUCACGUGAGUCCAAUCAUUGGUUCCAGAUCAUGAACCCGAUAAUAACGAUAGGUGGUUUGUCGACUUGAAAAUGCAUCACCGGCAAUCGGAGCUAAACUAUAUCUCUUUUUCUGGAUUUGGUCGAAAGUUACGCCGAUUAAGUAGUUUGAGAUAAAAGCAUUAUACGUAGAGUCGAAACUGUUUACUUCCUGGACAUUAAGAAGAGA